AUGAAUCCUCACAUAUCUGUUCCACGUCAGCAUGUUAACUCGUCGAACUUCGGUGGUACGACACCCACAAGCCGCAGCUCCAGUAUACGGAUGCCUCGUUUUUUCAAAAGGAUGUUCAAGUUCCCACAAAUGGACUUCGAAAUGGCUAUCUGGGAGAUGACAUCACUGCUGAUCGCUCCCAAGAAAGUUUUCAAAUCGAUCUACUACCAUGUGAAGACUAAAAAUACCUGGCAUCGUCCUGACCCGUCUUUCACAUAUCUCCUCUCCUUUUUUCUGCUCCUCACAGCCCUCGCGUGGGGUCUCGCAUACGCGCCUUCUUUCGGGGCUAUCGUCCGUCUAUCCUUGCUAUUCAUUUUCUUCCACUUCAUUGGGUCAUCACUUCUGGUGUCGACUAUAGGGUAUUUCGCCAUCGGCCGUCUUUUCGGCCCAGAUGGAGCGGCGGCGUCCCUUACUGGGCUGCGAGGCGGAAAUGGACGGAGACGUGGUGCAGCUCAAGGCUUGUUCGUGCAACCGGGCGAAAAAGAUCAGUUGGAAUUCGGAUAUUGCUUUGAUGUCUCCAACCGGGCAUUCUUCCCUCUUUACCUUCAUCUGUAUGUCGUGCAGUUUCUUCUCCUGCCACUUCUUACGCGCAGUCCGAGCAAUUUUCUCGCCACGUUCCUUGGGAACACGCUCUACCUCUCCGCCCUGACCUAUUACACUUACAUUACAUUCUUAGGGUACAAUGCCCUUCCGUUCUUGCAUAAUACUGAAUUGCUCUUACUCCCCAUCUUAGCGUUCGCCAUCCUGUGGCUUGUGAGUCUGAUUGCGGGAUGGGGAAUUGUAGCGCAAGGACGUAGUGUGGAAGGGCUCUUCUGGGGCGCCUGA